ACGGAUGAAUUUUAUGUUUUUAACUUGAAAGGAACAGCUUUUUUAUGGCAUCAGGUUAGAUGUAUGAUGGCGAUUUUGUUCUUGGUUGGUCAAAAACUGGAAGAGCCUUCUAUUGUAAAUGACCUUUUAGAUAUUAAAAAAACACCAGCGAAACCAAUUUACAAUAUGGCUAGCGAGUUGCCUUUAGUAUUGUACGAUUGUCAAUAUGACAAUGUAAAAUGGUGUUACGGUCGAGAUGAUAAUAUGCUUAAUACACUUUCUAAACUUUAUAAACACAUUUACGAACAAUGGUAUGUUCAUGCUACAAAAUCUUUACUAUUUUCAACAUUAUUGAAUGAUCUUGGCAAUACGCCUUUGAAAAAAUUUAUUCACCCUGGACAAGAAUUACAAAAUUUCACUCUAAACAUCGAACAAACGCUCAAAGAAUUGGUUUCUUCUGAGAUUAGUAUGUCAUCUGGUAACUUAUCGAGCACUAUUACUGGCGGCGGCGGCAAGGAAUUGAGAGUUCGAAAUUAUGUAAAAAUUGCAAAUC